CGAAUAACAUUUACCAAUAGAUUUUCCCUCAAAAAAAAAUUACCAAUAGAUUUUUGUUUGCAACUUUUUCGACCGAUUUCAUAACGAAAAUUUGAAUAAUUCACAAAUUCAGAUCCAACCCAUAAUUUGGAUUCAAUUUCUACGAAGAAUUAGCUUCGCAGAACAACAUCAUAGAAAAUCUGUUUCCACCGAUUUUGAUUAUCCGACAGGUACAUCGUACUGUGUCAGAUUAUGAUAUUCUCCUUCAAAGUUUAACUCUUUGAUCCAAUUUACGACUUUUUUGUAGCUUGUAGGUGAUUAUUUUCUAGAAUUGCAAAAUGGGUAUUGAUAAUUUUUCAAUUAGAACGUGUUUUGAUUUCUGGGUAUGCUAGAUUUUGAAUUUUGAGAAGGGUUUUUGGUGAUAUAUAGAUAAUGGUGGGUUCAAAAGAUUUGGAUAGUAAAGCUUGGAAAUGGGGUUUAGGUUUGAUAUAUAUAAUAGCUGUUGCAAUAAUAUGGAUAGCUGCUAGUUUUGUAGUGCAAUCUGUUGUAGAUGCUGGUGUGUCGCCAUUUCUUGUUACUUACAUAUGCAAUUCAUUGUUUGUGGUGUUGAUUCCAAUUGUUGAAAUUGGGAGGUAUUUGGAGGAUUCUUAUGGAAGUUUAUUGUUUUGGAAGAGUGAUAAGAGUUUAAAAGGGAGGUUAGGGGAGUCGGAGCAGGCGAUACUUCUUAGAGAUAAUGAGGCAAGCGGUGAAGUUGUGGAGUCGUUGGUUAUUGAUGAGGUGGAUGGGAUUGUUGAUAGGAACGAUGGUUCUGAAUUGCUGCCUUCGGAUGAUGUAGUUGGAGGAUUGGUUGGUCGGGUUGGUUUGGUUGAAAAUGUUGAUCAAAAGGGGUUGGAUGAGAAAGGGCGUUGGACUCGUUGCAGAGUCGCUAAAGUUAGUUUAUUGAUAUGCCCGUUCUGGUUUUUUGCUCAACUCACUUUUAACUUGUCCUUGAAGUAUACUACAGUUACGUCAAAUACAAUCUUAAGCAGUGCAUCCAGUCUCUUUACCUUCUUGGUUUCACUAGCUCUUUUGGGAGAAAAGUUUGCUUGGUUAAAGCUCUUUAGUGUUCUUCUCUGCAUGGGAGGAACAAUAAUUGUAAGUCUUGGUGAUUCACAAUCUGGUUUAAGAACAGUUGCCUCAAAUCCUCUUCUUGGAGACAUUUUUGCACUUUCUUCAGCGGGAUUGUAUGCAGUGUAUAUCACUCUUAUUCGCAAGAAAUUAAAUGAUGAUGAGGGAAAGAAUGGUGAAGCUAGUAUGGCUCAGUUUCUUGGAUUUUUAGGGCUUUUCAAUGUUUUACUUUUUCUUCCAGUUGCCCUCAUACUCAAUUUCACCAAGGCUGAACCUUUUUAUAUGCUUACUUGGAAGCAGCUUGGUCUGAUUAUUGGCAAAGGAUUGCUGGACAAUGUGUUGAGUGAUUACUUAUGGGCCAAGGCUGUUCUUCUAACAUCAACCACAGUAGCUACAGCUGGACUCACAAUUCAAGUCCCAUUGGCUGCCAUUGUUGAUACCAUCACCGGACAUUCUCCUCCCUUCAUGAAUUACCUCGGAGCAGUAGCUGUCAUGAUCGGCUUUGCGGGAAUCAACAUUCCAGCCGAAAUUUUUAGCAAAUCAACAAAAACUACUGCUGUGGAAUUGAAAAAUGAAGAUGUGAAUAUAAGAGAUGAAGAGCAUGCUUUGCCAAGAACACAAGAUUCAGCUGCUACAUUGCAUUCUUUUUAGUUAUUAGUUCAACUGUAAAAUAUUUUUUUAGUUCUGCCAAUUUUGUUGCAAUAACUAGAAUGUAAUACUUACUAUACAAACACUGGAGAAUAAGAACUAGAGGAAAUAGUACAAGAGUUUUAUAAUUGGAAAGCCAUGUAAAUUGCCCUGAGCUUUGUAUUACUUUAAUUUAAUUAAUAAUACAAACAACCUAAGUAAAAUAUAA